CCAGGAUGUAGUAUGGUGGUCACUCACUGCUGGUUCCUUCUUCCAGUCAGUGAAAGCCGACAUCUCGCCUUUACGUCUCAGAGAGAGUUAUUGAUGGUGCAUCAAGCACUUAGCAAAUUAGUUUUAUAUUUUUCUUUCCUUUUUACCUCUAACAAAUACCAGUCUAUUUCAGGCCAUACAAUCUUCCAUGGAGCUACAACCAGAUAAAAUACAGAAGGAAUUAUCCUUAGAUCAAACACUCCACAUUCUUUAGCAAUAUUAGUCCUCAGUUCUAGCAACUUUAAGGUCUUUUCACUCAAACAGCCGGCAAGAUGUACUUCAUGAAGUCCUUCAGUCACAAGAGUUUCAAAUCGGGGAGAUCAGGCUCAUCCAAUCAACCUCUGCUGUAUACUGUCUAACUCCUCCGACAUCUACUGUGAGGAAGUGCUUCGAGAGAUUAGUCAUGGCCAAAAUCAACUUCUGCCUGACCAACGACCUGGACCUGCUGCAAUUUGCCUGUCGCCACAUCUGAGAUGCGGUCUCACUAGCUCUCCACUCGGCCUUGGAUUACCUGAACAACAGCAAUACCUAUAUCAGGCUGCUGUUUAUUGCUUACACCACCAUCCACAGUAUUAAUCAACAAGCUUCAAAAACCUGGACCUCUGUACCUCCCUCUGCAACUGAGUCCUUAACUUGCUCAUUGGGAGAUCAGUCACUGUGAAUUGAUAAUAACAUCUCCACUUUGUUGAUAAACAACACAUCCACACCUCAAGAAUGCAUGCUUAGCCCACUGCUCUUCUUUCCCUACACUCAUGACUGUGUGGAUAGGCACAGCUCAGACACUAUCUGCAAAUUCACCAAUGACACCACUAUCGUUUGCAGAACCCAGAUGGCAAUGAAGAGGCUUACAGGAGCAAGAGAGGUUGGUCGGGUGGUGUGGCAACAAUCUUGUACUCAACAUCAGCAAGACCAAGGAUUUGAUUGUGGACUUCAGGAAGAGGAAAUUAGGAGAACACAACUGAAGUGGGAAGGGUGAGCAGCCUCAAGUUCCUGCGUGCCAACAUCUCAUAGGAUCUAUCUUCGGUCCAACACAUUGAAGCAAUCAUGAAGAAGGCCCAUCAGGAUCAAUGCUUCUUUAGGAGUUUCAGUAGAUUUGGUAUUGAGAACCUUCCUUGUGAGCUUCAGCGGAUCUUCCAUUUGAUGCGGGACCUGGAUCAAAGAACUGAAGAUAAAAAGGUAGAAAUCGACAAGUUGGCAACGGAAUAUAUUUCAAACGUCAAGAACCUGUCUUCAGAUCAACGAGUGGAUCAUCUAAAGAAGAUUCAGCUAGCCUACAAUAAAUGCAGAGAAUAUAGUGAUGACAAAGUACAGCUAGCAAUGGAAACAUAUGAAAUGGUUGAUAAACACAUCAGGCGACUGGAUGCUGAACUGGCCAGGUUUGAAGCUGAUCUGAAGGAAAAGUUGGAAUCAAGUGACUAUGAGAACUCGGGAGGUAGUAAGAAAGGCAGAGGGCAAAAAGACAAGAGGGGCUCUAGAGGCCGUGGCAGACGUGGAGCUGAUGAAGAUGUUCCGAAGAAGAAGAAGCAGAAAGGGGGGGCAGAGUACUCUGACUCCAUUCUGAAGAUGCACCCAUCUGAUGUUUUGGACAUGCCAGUUGACCCCAAUGAACCCACCUAUUGUUUGUGUCAUCAAGUUUCUUACGGAGAAAUGAUUGGCUGUGAUAACCCAGAUUGCCCAAUUGAGUGGUUUCACUUUGCUUGUGUGGACCUCGCAACAAAACCAAAGGGGAAAUGGUUCUGCCCACGAUGUACCCAAGAAAGGAAAAAGAAAUGAAGCUAGAACCUACUUAUUGGCUUAAACAUCUGUGUUUUUUGUUCAAAGUUUGGCAAUUUUAUAUAAUUUCCAUAAAUUUGUUACCCAGCUGAGAGGGUGUUAUAGGGGUACUUUGAAUUAAUUCAUUCCUACAGCUGGUUUAAUUAAAAUCAUUAAGAUUUUCUUUGUGUAAUUUCCAUGUAAACAAAGUUUAUUUGGACAUUGAAGGUUUCUAUAACUGACUAAGCUAGGAUACACAAUUGGACCACAGUGGUUCCCAAUUCAUGAGAUCCAUUCCAGGGUCAGCUGAGUGUGAAUGGGAAUGAUGUGUGAAAAUAUAUAGGGAUUUUUGUUGAAAUUAGAGAACAAAGAGCUAUUGUAGAAAUUCAUAUUUUUAAAAAUCAAUUCAUUAAAGUGACAGCAAUAAGCAUUGGGUUCAGGGAAUUGUUUAAUCCCCUACACAUUACUGAUACCAGAGCAUUGAAGCUGGGUGCACAAAGCUCUGUUCUGCCAAAGGAGAAAUAAUAUUGUAGGUCUCUGUACAUUGAAGGUACCAUUAACCAAAGCAACUAUUGCCCUCUCUGGUCCCAGGAAGGUAUCAGAUAUGCACCUCAUUUGCAGAUAAGCAGAUUGCACAUGGCUGCAACAGUUGCUGUGGAUUUGAUGUUACCUAAUAUUAAAGCUGCUUCAGGAAAGGAAAUAUGCUUGCAAGUAUUAGUAUGAACAGGGAUUUGAUCAUUAGUGGAGGUGCACUGAUUUCUGAAAUGUUAUGAUUGUGAUAAUGAGAGAAAAACCUUUAUACUUUGACGAAAUAUGUUUUAAGAAAACAGGAAUGUCAAUUUAUUGUGCAAUAUUGUGGUUCGUAGAAUCAUUUGAUAUUUUCAUAAAGGAUUAUGUGGCAGGGUUUACAGACUCCUGAAGGUAUUUUAUUGACAUUGUAAUUUGUAAACCAAAGAGCCCACGUUUCAAGAAUGUGAUAUUUUAAACCACUGCUGUCAGUGUAUACACCUUAUACUACUUGUUUUGUGAUAUAUAUAGAUAUAUACGUGUAUAUAUAAACAUUUGAAUAGUUUUGAUAAUUCUUAACCCUAUUUAGUAUUGAAGGAAGACCUUAAAACCAAAAUAAAAUAAACCUGUUUUUCCUGUUGAACACAACUAUGAACUCCGUCUCACAGUGAAUAAACAGUAAUAUAAUGUAGCAGUGGAGUUAACUUUCAGAAAUAUGUUUAUAGAUGUUCUUUGCAUUUCUAGCUUUUUGCAAGUGAAUGAUAAAUCUGUCAGUCAAUUGGACAUGGCCUUCCACUUCUAGUUAUUUUUGAUUAAUCGAGUGCCUUUCGUGUGGAAACUUGUCAUUUGCAGAAAAAUCUAGAAUUUAAACUCCUGAAAAGGCUGCAUAUUUAAUUCCUGUUUGCUAAAUAUGGUUCACCAACUUUUAUCGUACAGACGGCACUCUGCUUAAGUCUGUGGGUCAUGGUAGGGUGAACUAAAAUUGAGGCUGUGGGAUUAUCAUUUGCUUGCAGGACUAUGGCUAUAAUUUAACUAGCAAAAAUUCUACAUCAUUUAGAAACUAUUUACUCCCUUUGGCUGGUAAUAUUCCACCCAUUAACCACAUGGAUUGUGAAAGCUGUAUUGGGUACAUCUUAGUUGCUUCAGAUUCUAGCUGAUUGUUUCAUAAAUGACACCUUAUAAUGAAACACAUCUUUCCUGCAUCAUGUCUGAUUAUCAAGACAGUUAGGGAGAGUAGUCUUUCUUUUAAUAGUCUUCCAGAAGGCAAAAAAAUAUAAGAACCCAUACUGACCAGACGUGGCAAGAGUCUCUGAGCAUUGCACAGGGUACUCAUUCUAGGAAAAAGUUCCUCCAAACCAGAAAUGAAGAAGUGAGGCUGCUGCCUGCAAUUUGUGUUUAACUGAUUAAUUAAAUAAUAUCAAAUCAGAACUACAUUGUACAAAUUUAAUCCUGCAGAUUAUUUGUAUGAUUUGGGUUGGAAAAUUGCUUUGGCCUAAAACUCAAUUCCAGAGCUUGCUGAUAUUGACUUCACAUUGAACAUACAUAUUGAUGACUCCAUCCCCACCCACACUAUUGUGUAUGGUUUGGAGCAGCAUACCACAAAAAAUGCUGCUGAGAAGAGAAACUAUUUUGGUCACGCCAAGAGAAGAUACCCAAUAACAUGAAAAAAAUAGCAAAAACUAAUACUCAAACAUGAGGAAAUCUGCAGAUGCUGGAAAUUCAAGCAACACACACAAAAUGCUGGUGGUGGAACACAGCAGACCGGGUGGCAUCUAUAGGGAGAAGUACAGUUGACAUUUCGGGCCAAAACCCUUCGUCGGGGUCUCGGCCCAAAAUGUCAACUGUACUUCUAUAGAUGCUGCCUGGCCUGUUGUGUUCCACCAGCACUUUGUGUGAAAAACUAAUAUUGUAUGCUUAGAAAGGUGGUUAUUGUGGGAUUCAGUUCAGAGAAUUAUUUACAUAAUGCAUAGUACUGAUGAUGUAUGAAAAUAUGCCAAAGAGUAGUAGUAUUAGAAGCUAUUAAUGGAAGUAAUCAGAACAGGUAUCAAGAAGAAUGUAUUAUUGAACUGUGAUUAUAAAAAUAUUGGACAAUCUACAGCCGCAUAUGUAAGAGAAAUAAAUCAGAAAUAAUUUGAGGUUGCACUGAUCUGGGAAAAUAUCUCAGAUAGGUGAAAUAACUUUCUCAUCCCUGAUUUUUAAUGAUUUCAUAAACUAGUGAUAAUGUAAUUUUUAUUUUGGAUUUUAUUAAUAAUUUUUGUUAAAUUUCUUUAAACGAGUCCAUGUUUUAAUGCUUACUGUUAAUAAAGUCAGCAGAACAUUGGUUUCAGUUUUCCAGUGGAUAUCCCCUGUUAACUGAAGAACAGUAAGAUACUGAUACACAGUCAACAUCUACCCAUCUUUUUCACAGAGUAAUUUCAAUCUCAACACAUUUAUCUGGCUACUGACUCAGUAUUCAUUUCUUCUUUUUAGCCACUCAGUACUUGCAACUCUGAUAUCUGUGUCUAAGUCUGAAAUGCCCAUUUGAACAGUUAUGUCUGUAAACCUGAAGGUGUACUUUCAGGACAAAUUUUAAAAGUUAAAUCCUAAUUCUCAAUGAUUUGUAAACAACUGUUGCCUGAUUCAGUUGGAGUGGGCAUCUGUUUAUGUAACAACAUGUCUUGAGAGGGUUCAGUGUAUGGGUAAUUUGGCAAUGUCAUGUUUGAAUGCCAUUUUAUUUUUAAACAAUUUUUACCCUUCUAUUUGGAAUGAAAUUCAGCUCCUGUUAGAGAUGAUUGAUGUUCUCAAUCUAAUAUAUUUCUAAACCACAAUUAAAUUUCAGAAAUGUAUAUAUAGUAACUGUUUGAAUUCUAUUUUUCUUACUUUCCCAAUGUGACAUUACUCUUAAUUAUGCUUCCCUAUUGCCUCCUCUUGGAAUCAUAGAAUUAUUCAGAAUAGCCACUCCAUGCUUUUCACAAGCCAGUUCCUUUUCUUCCAACUUCCUAAUACGCUCAGCGAGCUUUCCCAUUAAUACAUCUAACAGAUCUAAAGCCAACAAUAAUAGUUUCACAUUCUCACUACUCUUAAAGAGAAAAUUUUUUAUUAACUGAAUUCCUUAUUUAUUGUUGAUAUGUACUUCACAUCAAUGGCUUUUAAUCUUGCUCUCUGCUACCAGUGAAAACUCUAUCCACUCUGAAAAAAUAAUGCUUUAAUGAUCCCCCUUUAACUUUUCCUUUUCAAAAUGUUCUCAUUAGUGUCAGUGGCCAACCAUUCAGAAACUGACCUUCUUCUAAAUCCAUUCUUAUUAGUCUGAGGCUAUGUGUUCACAUGGCAGUACAGCAAUGACAAUAUAUAUUAUUUUUCUCGUUAUCCUAUAAUAGGUUUCUCACUUGGACUUUAAAGUUCUGUGAAAGGGAAGAAGACCUUUAUGGAAAACUAGAAAACUCUUAAGACAAGUCUAAAAGCACUUUAAUUAGUAAGAAAAUUAUUCACAAACUCUUUGUAAUCUAUUUGGUUUGUAGUCAGUAUUUGGUAUGAAAACAAGAUUAGCAGGAUUAACUGUGUGAUGGGCUUUUAAUUAAUCUUUAAGAUGACAUAGUUUGAAGAAAAUGCUUUAGCCGUGAAGAUUGCAUUGUUGGUCUAUAGCCAGGGUGGCAAAGAUGCUGUUUGUCCUGUGAGCUUUUUCCCUGUACAGAUCAGUUUGAGAGAGAUAAAUAUUUUUUGGGUCUGGAAUGUCAUUUAGAAGAAAUAUGAGUUAAGCUAUCAACACUGGUCUCAUCUGCUGUAUAGAGUUGUUCUAAAUACCUUAUCUGCUGUAUAGAGUUGCUCUAAAUAUGGAUUAUAGAUUUUAAAAAAUUGAUUGUGAACUUUUGGAAAAAAUGUAUAUUUGUAUUUUUAGAUGUAAUGGUGUCAAAAUAAAGUAUUUUUGGAAAAUG